AUGUCAAAUAAUCAAUAUGAACUAGUUCAAAAUUGCAUAAAUACUCGUCAAUAUUUAACAGUGAAAAUAUAUAAUCGCUAUUUUUUAUUUCAUCGAAAUAUAAUUGAACAGUCGAAAAAUCGUGAAUUAGGUUUAGAAUUACCAUCAGCUAUCAUUAAAAAAAUCUUUGGUUCAAAUCCAUUAUCAGUUAUAGAUGUAACAAGUACAUGCCAUGUUGAUCCAUCACUUUAUGAUAUAAUUAUAUUUGCUGAUAAAUCAGCCGUUUAUACUCGAACAACAUUUUCAUGUGAAAAUAAUAAAAGAAAACAUGAUACUGAAGAAACUGUAAAGACAGUGAAAAAACGAAAAGUACUUCCUUAUUAUGUACAAGCAGAUUUAGAGUUCUUAAAAUGUUCUGGAGUACCUCAAAAUGAUAUUGAUGUAUUUAUUAAAAAACUUGAUGAUACUGAUGAGAUAAUAGAUUUUUUUAAUACGAAUAAAUAUGAACACAUACUUCAGAAAAUUAUUGAUUCUACUGAUAUAUCAACGAGAUUAAACUGUCGAUUAGUAUCAAAGAAAUGGAAAACAUUCGUUGAUCGUUCAACAUCGUGGAAUUAUGUAUGUUUGUUAAAGUUAAGUCGAUAUGUUGAUCGAGCAUUAAAUUAUUUUCAAAAGAUUGAUAUUCGUAAAUUGGAUCUCUCACAAUCAAUAUCUGAACCUUAUAAAUGUGAAUUACGAUAUUCUUGCUUACUAUAUUCAUUACGAUCACUUUGUAUAUCAACUGAUCAAUCAUUGGAGUUCUUUACAUUAUUAUUUCAAAUAGCACCUUUUUUACAGUAUAUUAAGCUCAUUCAAACAGUAAAGUCAUCAUUAAAAAUCAAAAGCAAUCAAUUAUGUGAUCAUAUUAAAUUUGUGAUACAUCUAUGUGAAAACAACCUAAAAUGUCUACGUCGAUUACGUAUUCAACUUCGAUCUGUAUCAGAUCAGAGAUUUCUCCAAUCUUUCUCCGUUACUUCAAUACCAAUUUCAUAUGAAGUUAUUCCUCGUUAG